UGAACAUGUGUUCUGCAUUGGAGCACAUCGACAUGGGGCAUGUCGAGGCAAGUGUCUCACCGGCACAUUCUGGCCAACUCCAGCUCUCACAUAGCUAAAAACAUUAAUGGAUAAUUUAUUGGGCCGUUUCAAAUAUCAUCGGCAUGCUGAGGCAGCCAAACACUUAACGCCAAGCAAUCAAGACAAUAUGUCUGAACUAGAUUUAGUCUCGAAAACUGUUAGACAACAAAAGUUGGAGCUGGAUUUCUGACUGCGUGACAACGAACAGAAGUGUCCUCCAAACAAAAAGGCAAGCGAGCGUUAACGUCAUUUUACCACGUUAUGGUCUUGAGGGAAGCGGCGACAUAAACAGGAUCAACCUUGAGAAACCACCUCGGGGAUGACGUCAUCGCCCUGCGACAUAUGCGCUUUUGCUGCCUCCUCUCCAAACAGUCGGUAACUGCUGUCUGUGAUCCCCGAUGACGGCCUCCACCCGCAGGACAGUGUUGUCACUGUACAUGCGGGUGCUUCGCAUCGCCCGUAGCUGGCAGGCGCCGAGUGGAGUGAAAGGUGACACAGAGACGGAGAGGAACUACAUACUCCAAGAGGCCUGCACUCUGUUCAGACAGAACCAGCAGCUCACAGAUCAAGAAUCAAUACAAAGGAGUAUAGAAGAAUGUGAAGCGAGGAUAGAAAUAGGUUUACAUUACAGGAACCCGUAUCCAAGGCCUACGUACCUGCCACCGCUGGGAUUGGCUACUCAGAAAGGCAGGAAGCUGAAAGCACAGCAGCGCCUGAGGAAGCAGGCCAAGCCACUAUACUUACAGUCAUAUGACGAGACCUGAUGCUCGAGCUGCAGCUCGAGUUACCACGAGUAGGAAACUAGAGUGCAGUCACAAGUUGAUCUCACGGGGUGAGAUGUAACAAGCACUCUGUGAUGCUAGAACACCAGUCCAUCAGGAAAAAGGGCAUUUUUCAUUGUCUUUUUAUUUAUUUAUUUACUUUAUAUUUGCUUAAUGAGCUCCUCGGUGGAGCUAAAGGGUUUCUGCUUCUGUUCGGCUCAGGAAGGCCUUGUAAUAUAAGUUUACGUUGUAUAUUUUUGUCUGUUCCUGUGCAAGAAAAACAAUAUAUGAUUGUUUCACACGACUGAUUAAAAAAAUAAAAUAAAGUUGUCAGAAAAAAAAUG